AUGCCCGUGAGAUUAGCGGAUCAGCCCCGGCCAGUGCGGCGAUAUAAGCAUUCUCUGCGGAAAUCACCGUACCUCGUCUCUAUGGUGUUUUUGCUCGCGGCGACGGUGUUUUCAGUGUUACAUAUAUAUGUACCAGACUUGAUUCGGGUAGAGGCGUAUCCACAUGGUCCAGUCGGAUUCAUCACCCAGUACGGUCUUUAUAGGAGAUGUACCACCACAUUCCCCAAAUCCGACUCGGACGCGGACUUCUUGCGCCCAUCUCAGCCGUUGACGCUGUCGCCUUCUUUCGAAGAGCAGUUCGAGUCGGUACCGAGCGCGUGGGCAAUGAAGAAGGGCGAGCCUGUCACCGAGUGCGAAGCUUUCCCAAGCCGGUCCGAAUGUCAACUCUUCGGCGAGCGCUUCUGCGUCCUCUGGUCUACCUCAGGCUACCUCGCCCAGCUCUCCCUCGUCCCGUGCCUCCUCGCACUCGCCUCUCUCCUCUUCAUCUUUCUGCACCGGGGUCAACGCACCGCGCGCGCCCGCGCACGCCGCCAACAGUGGAAGCUCGUCACCGUGACGAUGAUUAUCCAUUUGGUAUUGCAGGGUGUGGAUCUGGGACUGGUGGCUUAUGUAUUUGGGACGGAUGAGCGAUUUAGCGUUCCUGGUGCGAAACUACACAAAGCAUGGUCAUUCGGCCUCGUCUCCGCCAUUCUCUCACUAGCCAUCUCCGCCUUGCUUUCGUUCACGGGUAUAGCGGCCCGCCAAGGGAAGCCAUGGGCGGCCGGGAAAUCCGCUCGACAAGCGCGUAGACAUAGGCGGACGAGAAGCGGGCACGUCGUGCCUGUUCCGGAAGGCACGGUGAUUCCAGAGGAAGAGGUGGUUACAGUGGGUGAGGUGGAGGCUGCGCGGGGGGCGGUGGACGAGCGAACGGGGCUGUUGGAGGGUGGGCUGGGGAGGGGGACGUAG